UGUGUGUGUGCAAAGUAGAAACGAAAGAAAAGGUCCGAGUGCGCAAGAUUUAUGUACAAACUUCUUCGUUUUCAUCUGAAACUUUGAUAAAACUUGGCGCUGUGACUCGCAAUAGGCAAUUUUAUGAUUAUUCUUCUGUGUCCAUCGCGUGGAGAAAGUGAAUAAUAAUCGGUACAGUGAAAUACUCAUCGUUGAGAACAACGUCGCCUACCGCAGUAGCACAGUUCUAAGCAAAUCAGGCCACACUGUUGGAUUGCACCCCCCUCCCCCCACAGUCAACCAGAAAGGAAUCAGAAUUGCUUCUUGAGAUAAUGAGGCAUGAAAAUCUCCUCUGCUCGAUGAAGCAAUAAUCUACAGUUCGAAAGUAUUGUUUGAGUGUUCACAAUAGCAAAUCACCAGUUAAGCGGCUGACCAAAUUUGGUUCGAAAUCAAAACACAGGAGAUCUGCAUCCACAGUGUGUGUACUGCCACCAAACUGCCACCGUACGUUUGUGUAAAAGCGUUUUGACUUGCUUGAUGACAAAGUGAUUCAUUCAUUAUUGAUUUGCGGGAAUUUGUGGCAAGCAAAUUGUUACGCCAAUUCACCAUUUUCAAACAUCCGACUCUUCCUUCUUGGAAGCGAUUGAAUUCGUUCCCGCCAAGGAAAAGCUAAAUCGAAAGAAUCGUUGUUCAGCGCACACAGGACCGUCGUGUAGAGCCACUCUACAAGUAUUCGUCCUGGGUGCUGUCUACAGUUGGGAUCUGAACAUAGAACACACCGUUCCUCACUAUUGUUCUCGUACUCGACAGUGUUCCUUUGAGCAGAGUUAAUUCAAAGAAGUUAAACAAUUAAAGUGGAAGGUUUCAUAAUGCUCUUUGAAGAUCUCACAUAAGCUGUCGAACAAACUAUCAACGAGAUGCAUGCAUUUCGCGCCCGGCCAGGGGUACUAGUGUCCCCAUGAAGAGAUUCGGCACAGUGACGGAAUCGGCCUUCGAUAAAUGUUGUGUGGUAAAGUGAUUGAUUAGAAACAGUAAAGAAAGCUUUAUAAAGUAAGUGUUGCCUGCAGACGCUUAAAAAGGCAAGGUGAAUUCUAGUCAUUUGUGAACAAUUCGUAAGCAAUACAAACAUCCAAGUGACCACAUGAACGGAAUGUCGAUGACAUUGUACUGAAACGGGAAAUAAAAAAAUCUUCAUCAUCAUCUAGUAGAAAAAUAAUAAUCUGUGACUGUAAACAGUUUAUCAAUUAUUGAACGGUGUAAAAGUUUAAAAAAAUUUAUGUUACCAUUUGGAGGAGAACUUAAAAGUCAGUCAGGCAGCAGAGGUGUGCUGGUGCGUUAGAAGAAAAUCAAACGUUAUCGUGGGCGCGUAGAGCCGUGCUUUAUUAUCAUUUGAGCUGGAACAACAUCGGACCGAUACGGUAUAGAUAGACGACAGAUAGUCAGAUUGGCAGCAAGAGGCACACACCAUUACUACGCAUACGGACCUUGUAAGCGAUCCACCUUAGACACUGGAAAUGCAGUAGCUGUUAUGAAGUGUGUCUAUGCUGUUGAUGAACGAAUGUUUUGCUGCUUGAAUGACACGUUUUAAAAUUCACCAAUCUGCGCCGGUGUGUUAGAAGAGUGCUUUGUGUGUGAUUAAAUGUGUUGAGCGAAUACAUACAAUUUGUCGUACAUAAUCAGUGAUUUCUCGGUUCGGCUGUUGUUGCGAAGAAAAACUCGACGGAAAUACGUAAACUGGCCAGCACAAUUGUAGCAGUUACUUAAGAUUAACACUCCAUCAUGCCAGUGAAUGCUAUCGGAGCGGAACAGCUGAGUGGAAUCGAGGAAGAGUCUGACAUCUACGAAGCCUUUGCGCCCCAUGUCGAUACGUCCAACAUUUCGGUGCUAACGGAUACACCGCCCGGAAAAAAGCCAAACUUGAAAUCGUUUCAAGACGUGCAAUCACUCAUUCAACAAGGAAAAAAACGCGAAGCAAAGAUAGUGUUAAGAGAAAACUCAUGGCCCACCAAUUCACCAAUUCGUUCACAACUAUGGCCAGCUUUAUGUGCCCAACAUCACGUUGGAAAAACGAUGCUGGACGGAUUCUAUUGGGAUAUGGUGAAUCAGGUUUUCGGUACGACAGAAUUGCCCGAGAAACCUAUAAUGCUGCCACCGUUCGUCGAUUCAACACAUUGUCUGCCCUAUCAUUUGACACGGAAAGGUCGAGCGGUGGCUGAUCGAGUAGUAAGUGUGCUCGGUUACGCCUGUCCAGACAUUACGUACAGCCCUACGCUCUACCCUAUUACUUCCAUUUUGUUACACUUUAUGUCUGAGGAAGAAUGCUACCACUGUAUGGCCAGCCUUGUUGCCCCGAAGGAGAAAGUUUUUAUUACUCAAACAAAGUUACUUUAUGAGGUCACGUGGAAGACUGUGAUGCAAAUUGCCAAAAAACAUGCGAAAUCUGCUGUUAAUUACCUAUCGACAAUGUGCAACGGACAAAAGCCUGAAUCGAUCUUCAUGGAUUGGUGCUGGUGGAUAUUAGGUGGAUUACCUUUCCCGCAUCUUGUACGAGUAAUGGAUUGCUUUUUCCACGAGGGAAUUAAGGUUUUCUAUCGCGUAUCGUUGGCUAUAUUGAUACUUUUUCACAAACACGUUACCAGCAGUAAUUCCGAGUGGGACACAGAUGCGAUAAAAAAUGACAUCGAUAAUGCCCUUCCAAAGUUCUGUAAAAAUAUACCAGUCUCACCGGCAAAGCUGCUCCGGACAGCUUUUAGUAUUAGAGCUCUUAGUUCUACGUACAUAUCUAGAGUUUUUUUGAAGACUGAAAUGUUACUAAAGAGUAAGUCAGUACUAAGUGGGCCGAAGCAAAUGGUAAGAUCACGUUCUAGCGAUAAUUUACCAACGAGUCAAUCCCAGAUCAACGUACAAAUGAUGUCUCACACCUUAACGAUUCGGGAGGGGGCUCAUUCUCCUGACGUACGAGUCUUGUCCAUGGGAGUUUUUCCAAUUCAAGCAAUAAAGAGUAAAAUAUGUGAUCAGGACACACUGUUUACGCUCUGGUCUUGGCUACCAGUAAGAAUCACAAUGUAUCAACCCAUUCUACUGUAUACAACAGAAGAACAUGGAUGCUCUUUGACAACGUUUUACGUUAGAGUAGAACAACAUGAACCAACACUGUUAAUGAUUAAAACGUGUAAUAACGAAGUGUUUGGUGCUUACUGUUCGUCCCGAUGGUUUGAACGCAAUUUAAAAGACGAUCGUGGACAGCGUCAAGCUUACUUUGGCACGGGAGAAACGUUUCUGUUUUCACUUUAUCCCGAACGUGCCAAAUAUCCGUGGGUCGGAAUAGAGGGUGAUACGGGCUUGGGCCAUGCAUCUGAGCUAUUUAUGGCUGCUGACUCCAAGAUGAUUACUAUCGGCGGCGGUGAGGGGCAAGCUAUCUGGAUGGAUGAAAAUAUUCGUUUCGGCAAAACCGACCGGUGCCAAACAUUUAAUAACCCACCGCUUUGUGCUUCUGGCGAUUUUGAGAUACGUGUUUUGGAGGUGUACGGUUUUGUAGGAGCGUGAAUAACCUCCUGAAUUAUGUAUCGGUAAAGCUUGCGUUUAAUUCACAUUGAACACAUCCGUAUUAAUGUUUAGCCUAUGUUGAAGCUGAAACCAAAACAAAACUCGAUAUGCUGGUAGAUCUCGUUGAUUUCAUCAUUGUGUUCUUUGACUCUCAUGAAAUGAGAGCAAAAACUAGAAGUAAACUUUUGACAAAAAUGAAAAUUUCAGCAAAUUCAUCAAGCCUCAGCCAUUCAAGAAAAGAACGCAUUGUUGUAUGUAUAAUUUUGCCAUGUUCAUCAAAUACUCUGAAUAUUUGCAAAUCGUGCGGAUUGCAUAAGAUCACUACAAGUGAUUAUAUAUAUAUCACGUAUUUCAGCCCAAUCGUAAAGCUUAUUUGGACAAAAGCAAUUUCGAACAAAUAUAUGCAUUAUACAUGAUAAAUGUUUGUUUAAAUUGUCUUUGUGGUUUAAUCGGACUGUAGAAGAAUUCCACGAAGGAAAUUAUUUUAAGCUUUAGGUAGUAUUGCACUAAAUACAGUUUACAAAAUUAGUUAUGCAUAUUCGAUUUAAUUAUAUUGUGCAGGGAUUAUCGGUGAUUGUUUUUUUAUGUUUGUUUUAUAUUCCGAUGAUUUACGGGCAUGAUUAUGUUGUUUAUUUUCGUCAAAUGUGGUUAAAAUGUUUAUUUUAAUGGAUUUAUGACAUUAGCGCAAGCAAAGUUAUACCAACAAAGCAUUUCAUGAUACAACAAAAAAACAUUUUAACAUAUCUUUGUAUUACAACAUCACAAAAUUGUUCAAGGAUGUAUAUUUUCUAUUGUAAUGUGUCUCUAUUUGUGGUUUGUUUCGCAUACUCGUGGAAUGUCAUCAAAAUGCAACAAUCGUUAAAUGGUUUUCAAAGGGUUAUAAUUGUACUAUUGAACUAUAACUUCUUGUAAGUUACUAAUAACAGUUGUAAUCCCUAUUUACAGUUUUUACGCGAUUUAUAUGGUUUUUGUUGCGAUUCAAACACAUGAGUCAGAUUGACGUGGCAUAAGUAGUGUUUAGCUCUGUGAAACUAAGAUGUGCUUAUUCCUUUUUCGUUGUCGGAAACGAAGUACUCGUCGCAUAGUGUGUGCUGAUUUGACAGUAUCUCUCAUCUUUCAAUGAAGCGAACAUGGAAACAAGUUGAAUGUUUUGCUUGGUAAAAAGAAGGAAUUACAUUCCAAGAGAAAGGAGUUACAUGCCUGGCUAAUAUUGGUCUAUGUCUUCAUAUGUCCUGCUGAUCAAUUGUGUGUUGAUUUUUUUUUCUUGCAUUAUGUUUUUUAUAAAUUUUGGUACGUUUCGGAACUGUAAAUUUUUUAAUUCCUUUGACGAGUAUAUUUGAUCCUUCAAUAAAAUAAAUGUUGCGGGACUAUAAUAUUGAUACAUCGAAUGAUAAUGAAUUUUGUUGUUGUAGCGACAUGGAUACAAAAUCCAUGUACGAACGAAAACUUCUGAACAUAGUUUCUAUCUGCUUGUUUUUAUUUUAUUCACAAAAUAAGAAAUGUAGGAAAGUAGUAGAGAAUGUAGGACGAAUUAAUUUAUUAUACUUUAAAACUGUAUAAAUGUUGCGUUAAUUUAAGAUGUGUGAUCAAAACUGAUGAAAGAAUAUAAAUAAUAUAUGACAAACGAACAAACAUAAGAAAUAAAAAAAGAACAAUGAAUUAGAGAUAUACAGAUAAACGCCAAAACUACAAAGUAACCGAAAUAUUGUAAGUUAGAGAGAUCAAUAUAGCGGGCCAUCUACCAGUGCGUUCAAUGAAAAAAAUAUUGCGAUUUCAUACACAUUAAAAUGCAUAUACUAAAACAGCGCUAAAAGAAUAGAAAUGUCAAUGAAAUCAAACGUAGCUGAAAGCUUAAUGUCUAGCAUUAUAAGUACACAUAAAUGCGUGUUUUUGCCUAACUUCUCAUCUAUUUUAUGUGAUUCAAAAUGUAUUGUUAUUCAAUGUUCAUGCUUCGAUAGUUGUGUGUUUAGCAUCUGCAGAGAUACAACGGAUGAACUAAGAUAAGUAAAUGGGUGCGUAUGCAUAUUCUUAUUUGUUACAUUGUUUCAUUCAUGCUUAGAAUAUUGAUGCUGACCGCUUACAAAAAAAAACUACUGCAACCAAUAGAUUGCAACAACAUUUUUUACACGAUAAAUAUCGGUUCAGUUAAAACUUUGAAAUCCACUAUUUGCAAAAGUUAUUAAGCAAGCAAAAUGAAAAUAUAUAUAUACUAGAAAUGACGAUAAGAACAUGUUAUUCAAUAUCGACGAGAAUGGAUUUAUAAUAAUGUGUGGAAUGCAUAAUUUAUUUGGUUUCAGCUAUAUAUUCAGAGAACAGUUAUCGCAUCUAUGCAAUCAAUGUAUAAGACUUAUUUGGACGUGCUAACAGUAGUAGUAAAACAAAAAGCAUUGUGAUGAUACUACUAUGGAUUUUGUUUGUAAACGUAUUCGACUCUAAUUUUCAGAUUGUAAUUAUUUUAAAUGUUUUAUAAUUUGUGUAUUGUUAUGAAUAUUGGAAAGUGUUAUUUAUAUCCAAACGCUAGCUUAACGAAUGCAAAAACAGUAAUGAGUUAGGAAAACAACUUACGUACGCUGUAAAACAUAA